AUGGGGAACGGCAAAACAGUCAGUGAAGAUGAAGAACGUCUCGGGCGCUUUUUGUGGUCCUUACCUGCUUGUGAGCACCUCCACAAAAACGAGAGCGUAUUGAAAGCGAAAGCCGUGGUAGCUUUUCACCGGGGCAACUUCAGGGAGCUCUACAAAGUAUUAGAGAGCCACCAGUUUUCUCCGCACAACCACCCCAAACUGCAGCAGCUCUGGCUGAAAGCUCACUAUAUCGAAGCAGAGAAAUUGCGCGGUCGUCCUCUGGGCGCUGUGGGAAAAUACCGCGUGCGCAGAAAGUUCCCGCUGCCUCGCUCCAUCUGGGAUGGAGAGGAAACCAGCUACUGUUUUAAGGAGAAGAGCCGGUGUGUGCUUAAAGAGUGGUACACUCACAACCCGUACCCUUCCCCGAGAGAGAAAAGAGAACUGGCCGAGGCCACGGGCCUCACCACGACCCAGGUCAGCAACUGGUUCAAGAACAGGAGGCAGAGGGACCGUGCAGCAGAAGUAAAGGAAAUGUAG